UCCUUCUCCAUAUAUCACAUACCAUAACAUCUCUCUCGUUCUCUUUCAAUGAAUAUAUAGCUUCACUUCACUCCAUUCUUCAAAGUCAAUUCUUCACUCAUCAGAUCAUCAAAGUUUUGAUUUAUUGUUCCAAAAAAUGAAUCCUGAUGAUCAUGGUGUUGGUAGAGUAAUGAAGGAGGAGUAUCUAGGAGAAGGGUCUUGUUCCUUUUCAUAUCCAAUGGUGGCGGAUGUUCCUCCUCCUCCUCUGCCUGCGCCGCCGCCGCAUCCAAUGGAGGGGCUUAAUGAGAGUGGUCCUCCGCCGUUCCUGACAAAGACAUAUGACAUCGUUGAAGACCCUUCAACAAAUCACAUAGUUUCUUGGAGCAAAGGAAACAACAGCUUCGUUGUGUGGGAUCCUCAAGCUUUCUGCAUUACCCUUCUCCCAAGAUUCUUCAAGCACAACAAUUUCUCCAGCUUUGUCCGCCAACUCAACACCUAUGGUUUUAAAAAGGUAGAUCCAGAUAGGUGGGAAUUUGCUAAUGAGAUGUUUCUUAGAGGGCAAAGGGUGCUUUUGAAGAACAUCAAAAGGAGGAAGACAAAUCAAACUCAUCAUCAUCACCAGCAAGGUUUAGACCCUUGUGUUGAAGUUGGAAGGUUUGGUGGAUUAGAUGGAGAACUCAAUCGGUUGCGGCGUGACCGGCAGGUACUAAUGGCGGAGCUGGUGAAGCUCAGACAACAGCAGCAGACUACAAAGUCUCAAAUUCAAGCCAUGGAAGUUAAGCUUCGAAAUACGGAGCAGAAACAGCAGCAGAUGAUGACCUUCAUGGCAAGGGCAAUGCAGAAUCCAAACUUUGUGCAGCAAUUGGUUCAACAAAAGGAUUGGAGGAAGGAAUUGGAGGAAGCUUUCUCUAAUAAGAGGAUGAGACCUAUUCAUCAAGGACCUAGUAACAAUAAUGUUGAAGUAGCAGUAGGUUAUCAUGAUGGAUUAUUAGGUUUUGUUGAUGAAGAUUGCUCAACUUUUAUUAAACUAGAAUCACACAUUGAUGAUGAUGAUGAUGAUAAUGAUGACAAGUUUGAUUUUGAGGUAUCAGAGAUGGACCUUCUUGGUUUGAAUGUUAAGGGACAAAGUAGCAGUGAAUAUCAUCAUGCUCAUGCUCAAGUUGGAGUAAGUAGAAAUAAUAAUAAUAAUAAUAAUAUUGAUGAAGUGUUUUGGGAAGAUUUGUUGAAUGAAGGUUUUGAAGAUGAAGAUGUUCUUGCAGCUGCUGAAGAUGUAGAUGUCUUGGCUGAACAACUUGGUUAUUUAGCUUCUAGUCCUCAUAAAUAAUAGGAUCCUUCAUUGUUAUUGAACUAUAUAUAUAUAUAUUUUGUGAACAAGAGAUGUUAUUUGUGCUACAUUUUUU